AUGGAUUCCUCCAAGGCCGCUGUGGAAGCUCUCCAGUGGUGUCGCAUCAGCUACCCUAUUGUUGUUCUUGUUGUCUUUUUUGUUGUAUUCAUUGUACACUCUUCUCAAGUCGCCAAACAAAAUGAGGCGGGAAAAGUUGGAGAUGGAGCACCCAUUGGGCCUGGUGGGAAACCGCUUCCGAAACGAACGCGGGUCAUGAUGAUGGUCGCUAGGGAAUUGCCAGCUGAGCUUGCAAAAAAGAAAUCCAAAGCUCUCUUCUUAUGGCUUGCCAUAAUUCUGAUAAUUACAUACGUUGGCGAUGCAGCUCUUGGGCUAACGCAUGUCAUGGUCGCAAACUCGCAGCAAUGGUGGUGUGGUCAAGCUGUGGUGAUCUACAUUAUCGGUUCAAUGUUUACUCACUCGGUUGUUUUGAUUUCACUCCUUGAUAUGGGCCCAGGCCCGAACGUCAUACAAUUCGUUUCCUGGUCCUUGUCAAUGGCGUUCGAGGUGACGAUUGUGGCCCUUUCUACUUCUGUUUAUACGAGUGUCCACCACGAGCCAACAGUUGGAGAUAGAUACGGCGGACCCAUACGUAUCAAGAUCACAUUUUGGGAAACAUUGGAGGUUUCUUUAGGUAUUACUCGAAUUCUUGUUCUUACUUUACUGGUGGCAAGCUACGUUUUCCGAAUUGCGCUGCCGAAAAUCGGUGCUUGGAGGAAGAUUGAACAGACCAGCGUGACCGAUACCAGCGUGAGCGAGACCACGAGUUUGCUUCAUGCAACGGUGGAUUCUCAAUCGGAAGAUGGAUAUAGCUCAACCGAUGGCCAGGGAACCCCGGAUUCCACAGAGCCUUGGGUACGACCCACCAAAACACCCACAACCAACUGGCUGGAAUAUCUCAGCGGCUAUUCGCUAUUCUUCCCAUACAUGUGGCCGUCUAAGUCCCGCCGGCUGAAGAUAGUGGCAGUCAUAUGCUUCGGCCUUCUUGUGUUGCAACGGGUGGUCAACCUUCUGGUUCCGUACCAAGUCGGAGUAAUCACAGAUUCGCUUUCAUUUUCCGAGGGGAAGUUACAAGUUCCAUGGAUGAACAUUUGCCUCUAUAUCCUCUAUCGCUGGCUUCAAGGAGGGCAGGGUCUGAUUGAGUCAGUUCGUUCAAAUUUGUGGAUCUCCAUCAGCCAGUACGCCUACAUGGAGCUGUCAACAGCUGCAUUUGAACAUGUGCACCACCUUGGGUUGGACUUCCACCUAAACAAGAAGAUGGGUGAGGUCCUCUCAGCUCUCACCAAAGGUAGCUCAAUCAAUACAUUCCUCGAGCAAGUGACAUUUCAGGUGCUUCCUAUGUUCAUCGAUCUGGCCAUCGCGAUUGGUUAUUUCCUCGUUGUUUUCGAUGCUUACUAUGCACUCGCCAUCACGAUCAUGACUUUCUUCUACCUUUACUCAACUGUGAAAAUUGCUACUUGGAGGGCAGAUAUGCGACGACAAAUGGUCAACGCAUCAAGACAAGAAGAUGCUGUCAAGAAUGAUUCUUUGAUCUCAUAUGAGACUGUCAAAUAUUUCAACGCCGAGGAAUAUGAGUUUAACCGCUACAGAGGAGCAGUCGGCGACUAUUUGGAUGCGGAAUACCAGUCGCUUUUCGCGCAAAACCUGAUGAAUAUUUGCCAGAACACGAUAUUCAUGCUCGGCCUCCUGGUUACCUGCUUCAUCGCCGCUUACCAAGUCGCUCGUGGAGAACGUCCUGUAGGCCAAUUCGUGACACUUCUUUCGUAUAUGGCACAGCUUCAAGCCCCAUUGAACAUCUUCGGAACGUUCUACCGCUACAUUCAAUCUGCCUUGAUUAACGCGGAGCGAUUACUAGAGCUCUUCCGUGUCCGACCAUCAAUUGUGGAUAAGGCAUCUGCUGUUCCUCUAUCGGUUUGUCGAGGAGCCAUCAGUUUCAAGGACAUUGAGUUCACUUACGAUACACGUCGGCCUGCAUUGGAUGGUUUUUCAUUUGACUGCCAGCCUGGCACAACGACUGCACUAGUGGGAGAAUCAGGCGGUGGCAAGUCGACUAUCUUCCGCCUGCUGUACCGCUUCUAUAACCCAAACAAAGGAGAAAUUUUUAUCGAUGGGCACAACAUACACGAUGUGACCAUCGACUCUGUCCGCAGCCACAUAGGUGUCGUCCCCCAAGACACUGUUCUAUUCAAUGAGACUCUGAUGUACAACUUGAAAUACGCCAACCAAAACGCGACAGAUGAGGAUGUUUAUGACGCUUGUCGAGCAGCCAGCAUCCACGACAAGAUCAUGUCGUUCCCCGAUCGCUACGAAACAAAGGUCGGAGACCGCGGUCUUCGAUUGAGUGGCGGAGAGAAGCAGCGCGUUGCCAUUGCUCGGACCAUUCUAAAGAACCCCCAGAUCAUCUUACUUGAUGAAGCAACCGCGGCGCUGGACAGUGAGACGGAACAGAAUAUUCAACAUGCUUUGUCUGUUCUCUCACAUGGAAGGACUGUCUUGAUCAUUGCCCAUCGGCUGAGCACGAUCAUCAGCGCGGAUAAUAUUGUUGUCUUACAUGAGGGCCGGGCGGCAGAAAGUGGCACACAUAAUGAGCUACUUGCUUCUAAUGGUCGAUACACGAAAAUGUGGCAAAAACAAGUUCAAUCACAGAAAGAGCAAAAAGAGGAUUGA